UACCGUUUUACUAACAAUCCUACGUUUUGCGUAAAUAUUUCCGUAACUUUUUCUCUUACGCAAUUUCGUACGUGCGUUUUACUAAACGUUCGUAACUUAUACAACGUACGUGCGCAUAAAAUGUGCGUAACUCUUCAGUUGAAGGUAUUUUUACGUUUAUUGAAAUGACGCGAUUUUCCCGCAAAACUAUCACCGAAUCGUCUGCACGAAUGAUGGCUGACGUUCCAUUAAAAAAGAGGAAGGAAAACUGGACCAGAGCAGAGGGAGAGGCUCUAAAGUCGGCAUAUUUUGAAAGAGCAAGUAUUGUCGACGGCCGCCUUGGUCCGAAAUUGCGCGCCGUCGACAAAGAGAGAUGCUGGCGAGAAAUUGAGGACAGUGUCAAUGCACAAGGAACUUGCAUAAGAACAAUGGAAGAGUGCAAGAAAAAACUGUCGGAUAUCAAGACAGAUGUUAAAAAGAAAGAAAGGAGGAGGAGGCAGAUGGCAGCAACAACAGGUGGUGGACCCCCUCCCAUGUUGGAGGAUUGGGAAGAUAAGAGAGCCGACAAUAAAUCUGCAAUUGGAGGGUUUUGUGGAGUGGACACUUUCAAACUAAGCAGUGGGAUCAAUUCCAGUACUAAACCUGUUAACUGUGCCACUAGUGUGUUGCCAACGUCAGAAUACAGAGCAUACAACCCACCAAUACAAGACUUGUUGGAAGCAGACUACCCACCAGUACAAAAUGCCUUUGAAGCAGACUGCCCACAAACACUAACAAAUCAAGUGGAGAUCAGUUUACAACCAGUGGUUGACAGAAGCCACAGUGGCAGAGGUUCAUACAGAGCACUUACUGAUGAUGAUUUGAGGUCUGUAAUGCAAGAGCAGAACAGACUGCUGUCACAAAUUUUGGAGCAACAGAAGAUAACCAAUGAUCUGUUAAUGGCCUCCAUGACAUUAAAGAACUGAAAGAUGGUUCUUUGUAUUCUAUGUGAUUAAUGAUGAACUCCAUUUCAAAUAUUGUGAACUGUGAUAUUUUUAUUCAAAAAAAUUAAUUUUAGUUAUAAAAGCAUUUUUGCUGUAUAUUACUAGAUCUAUAUUAAAUAUUAUAUCUAAAUGU